AUGACACAGCACAUGCUGGUCCAGGCGAAUGCCCAAGGCAAUGGCAGCAACAAGUGUGGCGCUGGUACCAGUUCCUCCGCCAACGACACCGACACUACCAAUAACAGCACCACCACCACUACAACAAACAACAUCACCACCGAUCACCACCACCAUCUUCAUCAAGCUCAUGAGGUACCCAUGGCUGUUCUACGGCAUCGCGUUACAGCGGUUAACAGCAAUGCUGGCACUGUCAACGACAGUGCACCACCAAAAGGACCCAAAAAUGGCCUAACACAUCUUAUAGAUGCAAAUGAUUAUUUGGGCAAUACGGCUGACCGCGAAUGCAAGUCCCUAAUGGCUACAUCACCUUCCAAGAAAGAGAUGGCCAACACUUUGCCCGGUUCCUUCACCUCCGCGUUGGGAGGAGACAAGUUUCCAAAUUUGAAUACCUCAUUAAUACCGCAACGGCAACCGCCAUCACCGCCACCGUCGCCCGGCUCCUAUUCAUCGUCGUCGUCAUCAUCGAAGACCACAUCGAAUUCCACAUCAACGACAUCGUCUGUGAUUGCUACACCGAUUUUAAGGCGUAACGGUAACGUAGUGAAGCAGCAGCAGGAGGAGCAACCUCUGCCGGAUGACAAUAUCACAACAAUUGCUCAAGCGGGUAAUGCUAAUGGAACGACUGCCGGCAAAUCGUCCGAGCUGGAGCCCGAUGCUGAGGAGGAACACUUCCUGUCCUGCUAUGGACUGCAAACGGGAAAUGUCUUCUGGUCCAUCAUUAAUGGCAACAACAACCAACGCCACCAGCACCACAACAACAACUAA